CUCCACAAUCUCUCCCCUGUUUGUGUUUAUAUAUGUUUUUUAACUCAUCUUUUUUGAGGGUAACUUUCAAGCCCUAUCCCAAAGAUUAAGGACCAAAGAGCAAAAAUAAUGUACGCGUUCGUGCGUUUCUUGGAGGACGACAUGUGCUACGCGUUACCUGUGUCAGACGUGAAAGAUUUCCAGCCUGUGCACAAAAGAGAUUUUGAUAACCAGAAGGUGUAUGUGGUGCUGAGAGGAACAGGCCAGCCUGCCAAAGCACACAUCCUCGCCCUGGCAGAAAGUAUUGAGGAAUUUGAGCACAGUAUUAUGCAAAAAAAGAUGAAAACACCCAAGAUGUCAAACAGAAACACAGUGGAGAAUCACUUUGGGGAGGAGAGAAUGCCUCUUAGACAUAAAAAGGUUCAGUCACAGGAACAACAGCGGGCCAGCUCCAACUCCUCAAAGAGCCUGGCCGCGGUGGUGGCACGGCUGGAGAGGAACGCUGUCAACUCAUGCAUGGAAGGAGAGGAGCUGGACAGACUCACAACAGAGGAAGAAGAGGAUCAGGGCGAAGCUGUGGUGCCUCGCGUUCUGUACGAGGAGCUGGUGCACAGCUACAGGCAGCAGGAAGAGGAAAUGAGACGGCUGCAACAGGAAUUGGAGCGCACGCGCAGGCAGCUGCUGCAGCAAGCCAAAAAACUUAAGGAGUACGGGAGUCUGCUGACCGAAGUCAAGGAGCUGCGUGACUUUAAUCGACGUUUGCAGGACGUCCUGCUCAUGAGGCUUGGCAGCGAGCCAAUGCAUGACAAUGGCACACAGACAAUCAAAUCAGAAGUGGUGGAGCCAAUAAGUGAGCCACAGGACGUGUGUCAAGAGGAAGCCAAUACUAGCUCCACCCACUCCCCUUCCCCGAGGACCGUCUACACCUUCAACGAUGGCAAAGUGCACUUGGGCGGGGGAAUUUGGGUGGAGGAGGAGAAGUGGCACCAGCUACAACGGACACAGGGAGACUCGAAAUUCACAAAAAACCUGGCCGUGAUGAUCUGGGGCACAGAAACCCUGAAGAACCGCAGCGUGACUGGUGUCGCUACAAAGAAGAAGAAAGAUGCCCUACCCAAACCACCACUCUCACCAAGCAAGCUCAAAAUUGUCAGAGAGUGUCUCUAUGACCGAGUGUCUCAAGAAACGGCCGACAGCGCAGAGAUCACCCAGCGAUUAUCCAAAGUGAACAAAUACAUCUGCGAAAAGAUCAUGGAUAUAAACAAAUCCAUCAAGAAUGAGGAACGGCGAGAGUCCAAGCUUCUCAUCCAACAGACGGUGAAGAUGGAAAACUUCCCUUAUGACGGCCUGUAGGGGUGUACUGAAGUUGUCACUAUAGCUCAUUCUAUUCCUCGAGGACUUCUGGUGGAGAAGGUGCACAUAAUCACCGGCGCUGCCAACUGAGAUUUUCACUGACACCUUCCCAAGACCUUUCUGUCUUUUACUCUCGUAGACUCUGUUUUACAGCUUGUCUGACAGCUUUACCUCUCUCCACACUGCCUUCGCAUUCUGUGAGUGAAUGGGGCAGGGUGGGACGUAAUUUUGUAAGCUUUGAUUGGGGGAUCCGGGAGGGGUUGAAUAUAAUGCAUGUUAGACAGGAGUGAUCCUUUAAAUCGUGUUUGAGAAAAAUGUGUUUGGCACAUCAGCUUGUGUUCUGUGUCAGAACAUGUCCUAAAAUUUACUAAAGAAAAGUUUUUCCUUCAGCAGAAGUCUUCUUAUUUCAGGAGGAUAUUUGGGAGGUGUUAUAAAUGCUGGCUUAGACUUGAAGUCUUAAGAGGAGUUUGGCCACUUCAUAGGGACCAUCUGCUAAAGGUACUUAACAUAGAGAGUUGCAAUGAUGCACUUUUAAACAGGGUCGCACCCUGCAUCGUCUUAAUGAAUGAUUGGUUCAAUUAAUCAAUCUAGCCCCAAUUGCUCCCAUUAAUUGCUUUCAUGAAAAGACUGCUGAUUGCCUGAUCUUGAUGGUUGUUAGGGAUACAGAGGUCCCAUGUAGUCAAUGGUGCUAAACUAUUGUCCUCAAAUAUGGAUUAGCGACAUUUACUUGGAGAUCAGCUGUGAACAGGCAAAGAGAUCACAUUUAAAAUGUAAAUUUGGAUAUUCCCAGACAUCAUCAGUAUACCUAUGGUGUUCCCUUUUGUUGACUUUUCUUGAGCUAAUAUGCUGCCUUCAAGUCCUGCUGGGAAUUUCUACGAGUACAGAAGUCGUUAUUACGAUGAGACGUGUGUUCAAAUGAUUUGAGUCAAAACAUAAACGAUGUGUUCUGCAAAAGUUUUCCCACUGGUUAUUCCGACAUGGUUGAGGCUUUCGUGUGUGCUGAUCUUAUAAAUACAAUAAUUUUAAUAUGACUUGGAAGACAGCAAUGGACAUAGAGUAGAUUACUUCAUUGCCAUAUGUGCAAGACUUUGUCCCGAAUGGAGCACUUAAUAGCCACUCUGUCAGCCCAAAUGAGGGCAUGCUAGACACCAGAGUGGCAUAUUAAGGGCAGGUUUUAGGGCAACGUGGCUAUUUGUCUGAUGGUGAGAAUGCAUAUUGAUUUUCGUCAUGUGGCUCAAUGUCCGAGACUAUUGGUCCCAUCUGACCAAUUGAUAGCCCUGGUCCGAGAGUGGAAAAAGCAGCUUUGUGAUGUCUAUAAGGCUGUACUGUGCCAUGUCAUGAAUCUAAAGGAUGUUUACAUGUGCUUUGCACCCUUUUGCUGAGUUUGCACCAAUACAGACUCCGUAGAGGACUAAUAUUUGACAUUUUGUAUGACAUAACGUUCCCAAAAUGUUGAAUCAGAUUAGGACCGCUAGGGCUUAGAGCGGCAUUUGGGACAGGGCCAAAAUCAAUUUUUUGUACUUGUGCUGAUAUUGUGUUGUAUACAAAAGCAGCAGAGACCAUACAAUAUAUAGCAUAAAGUAUAACAUAAGUGUCUUGUAAACAAAAAGGAACACAUCCAAAUUGAUUUUAGUCAACUUGAUGAACUAACCAUGGAACAGGAGUUAUUGUAUUAUCAGGUCUACGGAGAUGGUGACCACUUAAGACCUUUUACCAGCCGUAAAUUACACUUGGGGCUGAGGGUAAGUGGAAAUCAGAGCUGGGCUGCAGGGGCUUUUUCCAGCUGGCAUUCAUUGGGAACUGUGUUCUCUGUUUUAUAGCAAGCUGUGAUUGUAAUAUGAGCUUAUAUUGCUUUAACUGCACUUUGCUGUGUGAGUGUGGAGAGAUGCCAGGCACCGUGUGUGGACGCGAGGUAAAACUGUCAGCAGCACUCAGUGUUACACACAUUAACCUCUUCCUCCAGGCCAGACAAACCGCAGGGUCUUAGCUCAAGCCCACCUGUAGAGGGCGCACUCAUUAGGAGAGGAAAUAAGAUAUCGUGACAACUUGCAUUGAGUCAUGCCAUCCACACUUUAGUUCUUUGUCUCCCCUGAGUGUACCCUGUCUUAUUUCAUCGCAUACUAUUUGUGUGACUUGUCGGCGUAACAAAGAAAAGCCGGCUCCUGCAGAUUUGGGGUCUUGACUGUGAUGCCAUAUUGCUAACUGUGAAUUAACCACAGAUCUGCCAUACACCCUUCCCUUUCGCUCUUUCUUUUUUGGGUUAAUUUAGCUUUUUUUUUAUUUAUUUUUUUUAUAGAGUAAAUGUAUUGGUAGGGAGAAAUUUUCAAUGUAUAUCUGGAAUAUAUUCUCAUGUUUUGGACAUUUCAUCAUUUGUAUCCAGGCUGCACCUUAUCUCACUAAGUUUCUGGUUCAAAGAGACAGACAAUGUUGUCAUUCUGUCUUUACUGGUUCUUAUAUAGUUUAUAAUAAUUUCUACUUUUACAGUGUAUAUGUGACGUUUUGCUGUUAAUGUAGGUCCCGGGUACAAAAAUGUUUUCAAUAAUGCAGGGCUCUUCAUAAAUACAUAAUCUUUAAUGACGGAAACACAUACUGUAUCUUAAACUUUUCAUGAAUUUUUACUGCAGGUAUCUUAAUGCUUAUGAAUUUCACCUCACUGUGAGUCAUUUGUUACAGACAAAUCAAAUUUUAUUUGGAGUAAUUUCUGAUGGGAGACCGUCAUCACCUACCUUUCUGUUCCAAGGCAGUCAUUUUCUAUCUUCAGCAACAUAGCACUUUAAUCCUUUGAAAAAAUGUAUACAAAUUAGUCAGUGUUGGCUUUAUUGAUAGUUCAGCGAUAGUUCAACCAAAAAUGAAAACCCUAAUGUCUGAUGAACACAAAAGAAAAUGUAAGUGGAUAAAAUGUUAGCCUCAGUCACUUUCAAUGCAUCUUUUUCCAUACAAUAAAAGUAAAAUGUAACUGUAAGAAAGAAAGUCAUACAGGUUUGGAACAACUUUAAUGACAGUAAUGAGUAAAUGACAGAAUUUCACAUUUGGGUGAACUAUCCCUUUAACCAAGUCAAUAAAAAAAAUAAUUUAAAGUCAACAUUAAACAAUGCUUGUGAAAAAAGGUGUGGAGAAAACUCCUCUUCUAGCCAAUGGUUAUUGCGCAUGCAUUUUUUCUGACAUUUCCUUUGCAAAAACAUAAAUUAGCCAUCAGUUUUCUGCUUCUCAAAAGCAGUUUAGCAGCCAUUUUUUCUCAUUCUCUUGAGCCUGUGAAAGAUAUUCCUUUUCAUUCUUACCGCAAGUUACCUCCAAUAUGUCAAGGUAAUUACACGAGAGGACAGAUUGUAAUAAGGUUCUUUGUUCCACUGAAUGUCUUUCUCUUCUUCAUUCUUUUUUUUCUGUAGAUAUUGUGUGAUAUGUAUUGCCACACUUAUUGAAUAUUUAAUGUUCCAUAAUGAGCUUAUGUACUGUGUGCGAGUAUACUGGAAAAAGACAGCUUUAGGUGUGCCGAGGUUGAAUGAUUGCCAAACAUUAUCACCAGUCCAUGUGGUCAUACUUUCGUGUUGAGAUUUGCAAGUGUAAUCGUUGCCUUGAGAAGGACUAAAGCGUUAUGUGUUGCUCAUUGCUUUUUUGUCUCGCAGCCGCGCAGAGACUCAAUUCGGGCACAGCAGCGUUCAGAUCCGAGGAAAAUUAAAAAUUUAAAGUCUCUUCAGCGAUGAGAUGAAACCAGUGAGUCCCAUCAGGGAAAAUCAGACUUUUAAAUACAAUCAUGUACAGUAUUUAUAGGAUAAAAGGCUACAAAUGUAAUCCAAUAGCCUCUCAGAGGCUGUAUUUCUCUCAUCUGGGAGCCUGAAUCUGUUUUGCAGUCUGGUGCCUAUGCUUUUAAGUGGCUGUGUAUUAGUGAUGCUUUGCUCUGGUCUGUGUUUUUGUGCAUAAAGUAAGACCAGCGCAAAGCACAUGAGGGUUCAACGUAUCUUCUGAGUUGUCCAUGCCAUGUUGGCCAGCAGAUGUUUUGUCGUGUUGUCAUAAAAUCUGAAUGCGUAUUGGUGUUUGGGAUUGUGUGGAAUCUCAGCAUAGACUGUUUGUUAUCAGUCUGAUAAAUAUGAACUUGCACAAAAAAUGGCCCCUGCUAUGGUUGUCUACAGUUAUCUAAGCUAAAGAAAGAAAGAUACAGGACGAAUAUAUUUUUGUUGACGAUGUCUAUUGGUUUUAUACGGUGUUGCUGUGCUCAGACUUCUGUCCAGAUGUUAAUUGCCUGAUCUGUGUUGUUCUCUGUUUUAUAUCAAAACAGCAUUAACCUUUAGAUAAUGUUUGUGAAUAUGACUAUAUUCAGAAUGGGGGGGAAAAAAAAUAUAUUUUUUUCUUUAAUCCUCUGUUUAGUGAUUUGUAUUAUUUGAUGCCAAAAAAAAAGCGUCAUGGGAAAGUUCUGUGGGGGAAAUUUUGAAUUGCUUUGUUCUGCUUUACAAGCGUACAUACUGAGAUUGUCAAUCAAAUGCUGAGGACCCGCCCACAUGCCACAGUAAUUACAAAAACUGCCCAGUACUCCACUAUAACAAGAAUUGCAACAUCCUGUUGCUAACCCUCAAGUGCGGUUCACUUUAUUUCACAAAUUCACCACUUAUAUUAAAGGAACCCACUCAGAGCCUUUCUUAUUUAUUACACAAAAUUCUCAGUUCUAUUAGUGAAAGUGGGGAAAAAAAAUAUUUUUGAUAAAACACAAGGUUAUAAUCCAAAAACAAGCAUGUAGUGUCAUAGUCCUACCUCAUUGCUGCUUAUCGUCUGUCUAGGUAUGUACUGUACACUUUUAUCCUCACUUUAUUCACAUUAAGAUGUUUAUAUUUUAUGUUUCUUUCUUAGUAAUUACAUUUGUAUCCCUUUGAUGGUGCUACCAGCAGGCAUGGGUUGUCUAAUCUGUGUUACCACGGAUGGUGCUAAUUUUUCUACUGUUAUGGAGGUCGUCCAGCUUUGCAUGAGUAAAAACAGUUAUCUGUGUAAGUUUUAUUGCAACAAGAGCUUUGGAAUAAAAAUAAAGCAUAGGUCAGAUAAUAUAUCCAGCAUGUUGUAAAAUUUGGUUACAUAUUUCAAAUAAGAGAUACAUACCUCUAACCAAUUACCUCACAGUCUUGAGAUUACUGUUUUAAAUGAAAUAUUAAUCAACGAAUGCAGAAUCUAUUUGUGGACAUAUAACAUUGUCUUUAUUUUACAGUACAAACCUACUGUUGGAGUAAGAUACCUAAUAAUCUAAACCAUCUACCUAAAUAUUACUGGGCAGUUUACUCUCACAGCAGUGUGGUCCUCAGCAGUUAAUGUAUUUAAUCCCAAUGUAGUCGCUGCAGAGUGUAACUAAUGUAAAAGUCUUGCGUACUUGUGGUGGUGGGAUUGAUAUUGUGCAGUACAUGAACUGUAAAGAGUUUUCUUAACUUACCAAAGUGGUUCGGUUCCCUCCCAAAGAAUUUUUUUUUGUUGUUAUUGUGAACAAAUGUUUUGUGAAACAGUUUGAAAACAAAGUCUCUAAUUUGUGUUUCAUUCUGCAAAAACUGGCUUGUAGCUACUCAGAAAUAUGGGUGUAUUGAACGAUUAGCACUCGUGAAUUUAUUCGUCCACAAAAAUGCAAUCAGUCGCACAUUUUUUUUAUUUUUGUUUUUAUUUUUUUACAGACAGCAAAUUGUGUGAAUUUGUUAACGAACACUUGCCAUGUGUACAUUUCAAUGAUUUAAUGUCAUAUCUUAAGAUAUGAAGCAGAUGGGCUUCAUGAACUGACCUCAAGACCAGAAUAAGUUCAGAAUUGACCAUAUUGCAUUUUAAUCUGAACAUUUAUGCAUUUUCAUGUCACGUUUUGUGUCUUUAUCUUGUCUAAACCAUCUCCUUCAUUCUUGCUGCUGAAGAAAUAUCUAAAAACCUAUAUAUACAUAUAAACUAUAUAUGUAUUAAUCAAUAAUUUUUGGAAAGAUGUUGAUGGUGAAUGUCGGAUAAAAUAACUGUGAACAUGCUCUCUUUCAGGUCUGCAUUUAUGGGUGGUUGUGGGUAUUUCUUGAUAUGGUGACUUUUUGGUUAGUAUUGGUUUUACCACGGUGUAAGGUUAAUGCCCUUGACCCUGGGCUUUUGUCAGCAGGAUAUCUUUUAUAAAUACAUCCCAUCCUGCUUGCAAUACUCCCAAAUUUGUGUUCCCAAUAAGUUAGGUCAGUUUACUUGCACACAGAUCAAGUUUAAGUCGGGACACUCUGUGGGGAACUUUUAUUCGUACUGUAUUAAAGGCUGAAUAUGGCUUGGCCCUUACUGCACCUUGUGUCUGCCUCCAGAAAACAGGAAGAAAGAUAACCGAAAGAAAAUCAAAUGUUUCCAUGCAAACCAGUUGCCCUCCUCACAUGUGUGCAGCUGGUUUUGCUGGUUAACAUUAGUUGUGUGUGUGUGUAUGCGUGUAUGUGUGUGCUGCAGUCUGAGUACUCUUGUUCAGUGUGUACAGAUCAACAGAAUAAAUUCAGACUUUUGUUCUACAAACAAAAACCUCUCAGUGUGAGCUGUUGUUUUAUUUGUUCACCAAGGGACACAUUUUUGUUUGAAUAGAUAGCCUUGCAGCCAGAUCAUGGGCAUGUUUAAAAGCAGUAGAUCAUGAAGCUUUAAAAUCUAAUAUCUAGAAUUGGGAAAGACUACUAACUAUUAAAAUUGUGU